AUGUCUGCGCAAAAGAGAAGAUUGCUAUGGGGCAAUAGCCCUAAAUUCAAGGUGCCUAAAACGUUUGAUGGCCCCAGCACAAGUACCAACAGAUUUCAUAUUUUAUAUGAAGAAGAAGAAGAAGCAGUUGCAAUUAAGGAGAAAAUUCCUCCUAUUAUUGUGGAUUCAGCCCACAGUUUUUCAACUGUCGUUGGAAUAAUCGGAGACAAGUAUUCUUAUAAACGUAUGUCUAUCGGGACAAAAAUUUUAUCCAACUCGUUAUCGCUGUACAACGAUGCAUUGAAUACACUGAAGGAGAGGAAAUUCCAGUUUACACACGAAUUGAAGUUUGGCCUACCAAAGCUGGACUCGAAUGUAAUCGGCGACGAGUUUGUCAGCUCUCACAAUAUAAAACCGGUAAGCGUAAAAGAAUUGGAAACUAAAAGAUCCACUGUUGAUGACGCGAUUUAUCUAAUUGAAUUUGACCGUCAGCAUGUUUCUAAAAGGGAGAUCAUGAAGAUUAGAUAUUUCUCUAAUAUUGCUGUAUAUUGGAGAAAACCGCUAAAGGGCAACAAAGGUCCCACUCAAUGCGCCAAGUGUGCUAUGUAUGGUCACGGAGCUAAGAAUUGCAAUCUGUGCAGGAAACCACGAUUAUGCAGUAUGUUCCCUUAA